AUGUCUGAAACUAAACCAAUGACCGAAGAAGAAAAGAAAUUUUUUGAUAAAUAUGGAAGAUUACCAACUCCAUCAACACUUUUAUCAAAAAGAGAUAAAAAAUAUUUUGACUCUGCAGAUUGGGCAAAGGGUCAACAAACUGAUGCAAAAGAAGUUAAACAACCAGAAACCAAAUAA